AUGGCUCGACCACAAGGCGGAAAGCUGACCAUCUAUGUGGACUGUGGCAAGUAUCUGGCUUUGUCGCCGUAUUCUUGGUUCGGCUUCACCAACACGAUCCGCUAUCGGCCGCUUCUCAAUGCCUAUGGAGUUUCAGUCGACAUCAUCCCGUUCUUCCUAGGGGCCGCUCGUGAGAAUGUGGGAAACAAGUUCACCCCGACGCCACCGGUCAAGGAGCCCUUUGCCAAACAAGACUCGGAAAUGACCGGGGAGUUGUUGGGACUCAGGGUGGUACGACCGAAGGAUUUCCCAAUCCUGUCUCUCUUUCCUGUACGGGUGGCUACUUGGGUGAAAGACCAUUACCCUGCAGAAAAGUUCGAGGCUACGUUUCCCGCUUUCAGCUCCGCAUACUGGAGCAGAGGCAUCAACAUCUCCACACCAGAUGGCGUCCUCCAAGCUUUGGAUGGAAUCUUCCCUCCAGAAGAGAUCAAGGAGAUUAUGCAGAAGGCGGUGACUCCGGAAAACAAGAAGAGGGUCGUUGAUUUGACCAUGAGUGCCGGAGCCUUUGGCGCGCCGUGGAUUGUCGCAGUGAACUCGGACGGGCUGAGGAAAGACUGGUUCGGAAAUGACCGGUGGGAUCAAGUCUUCUAUCACCUUGGUGUUCCAUUCACCCCGGUAAGAAUCCUACCCCCGGAAGAAGCAAAGGCGAAGCUGUGA